AUGACUGAAGAUUUCCUGAUCUAUACCACCCACCUGACGCACAUCCCAAACUAUCCUGGAUCUGUCACUGUGAGAACCAAUGGUGCUGUUGUUCCCAUUGAAUGUCGUUACUGGAGGAAGGGCAAUGUGAGCAGCAAUCCCAUCAAGCCCACCUGGAUCCCAUUCAGCUCCACCAGGUCUGGAGAAGGGCAUCUGUCAUUCUCCCUGUGUCUAAUGAAUGGUGACUGGCUGACAGAGCGCACUUCCACUGUCUACUCCCUGGGAGACCUCAUUCACAUUGAGGCAUCUGUUUCAAUGGCCAACCACGUGCCCCUGCAACUGUACAUUGAUCGCUGUGUAGCUACACUGAGCCCAGACAAGGACUCCACCCCGAGAUACAGCAUCAUUGACUACAAUGGUUGCCUCCUGGACAGCAAAGCUGAGGACUCCUUUUCAACCUUUGUGUUGCCGAGAGACGGGCGGGAGCCGGAC